CUCUCCCAAACCGUUGUCACAAAAAAAAAAAAAAAAAAUUACUCUCCCAAACCUAUAAGUUUUUUGUUAUUAUGACUCCCAAACCUAUUACGACUUUCUUAAAAUAAAACCCUCGAUGUGUUGCAGUGAGUUGCACUAUUAAAACUCGACGGUCACAUUACUUACCUCACAAGAUUCUCUCUCUUUUUUUUUUUUCUCAUCUUCUUUUGUCCUCUUUCUCUUUCCUAAACUCCUUUCGAAUCUUCUCCUCGAUUCUCUCCAUCUUCUCUUCUUUUGGUUUCUCCGUCGUGUGAAGAGAGUCGCCGAUGAGGAACUCACCUUCCAAGAACGAGUCGGCAGCAGGUGGGCAUUCUCGUAACUUCACCAACACCAUCUGGUCUCCCUUUGUCAAGUCCUCCGGUUUCGGAACAUCUCCCAACAGAUCCUACGCCCUCCUCUCCUUACUCACUCUCCUCAUCGUCGGCGCGUUCAUCUCCACGCGCAUCCUCCUUGACCCCACCGUUCUACUAGAGAAAGAGGCCGCCACGACAAAAACUAAAACACAAACGAUAUUCCCAAAAUACCCUCCACAAGCUUCAGUAACUACACAAAGCCCUAAACCCGAGUUCACACUACACUGCUCCUCCGCCAACGACACCAACGUAACGUGUCCAAGAAACAACUACCCGGCCACGACCAUCUUCCGAGAAGAUGCUCCGAGCGCCACGUGUCCGGAUUACUUCCGCUGGAUCCACGAGGAUCUCCGUCCCUGGGCGAAGACGGGGAUCACGAGGGAGGCGUUGGAGAGGGCUAAGAAGACGGCGAAUUUCCGGUUAGUGAUCGUCGGCGGGAGAGUUUACGUGGAGAAGUUUCAGGAUGCGUUUCAGACGAGAGAUGUGUUCACUAUCUGGGGGUUCUUGCAGCUUUUAAGGAAGUACCCUGGGAAGAUUCCUGAUCUUGAGCUCAUGUUUGACUGCGUUGACUGGCCGGUUGUUAAAGCUUUGGAUUUCUCCGGAGUGAACGCGCCGUCGCCUCCGCCGCUGUUUCGGUACUGUGGAAAUGAGGAGACGCUUGAUAUUGUGUUUCCUGAUUGGUCCUUUUGGGGAUGGUCGGAGGUGAAUAUAAAGCCAUGGGAGAGUCUGUUGAAGGAAUUAAGAGAAGGGAAUGAGAGGACGAGUUGGUUAAACAGAGAGCCUUAUGCUUAUUGGAAAGGGAAUCCAUCGGUGGCAGAGACAAGACAAGAUCUUAUGAAGUGUAAUGUCUCUGAGGAACACGAGUGGAACGCUCGUGUAUAUGCUCAGGAUUGGAUCCGAGAAUCAAAGGAAGGUUACAAGCAAUCAGACUUGGCGAGUCAAUGCCAUCACAGAUAUAAGAUAUACAUAGAAGGGUCUGCAUGGUCCGUUAGCGAGAAGUACAUUUUGGCGUGUGACUCUGUGACUCUGCUUGUGAAACCUCAUUACUAUGAUUUCUUCACUCGAGGCCUGCUUCCAGCUCACCAUUAUUGGCCCGUUAGGGAGCACGACAAGUGCCGCUCCAUCAAGUUUGCGGUUCAUUGGGGCAACUCUCACAUUCAAAAGGCGCAGGAUAUUGGAAAGACAGCGAGCGAGUUUGUUCAACAAGAACUCAAGAUGGACUACGUGUAUGAUUACAUGUACCACCUUCUAACCGGAUACUCGAAACUCCUCCAGUUUAAACCCGAGAUUCCCAAGAAUGCCAUAGAGAUAUGUUCGGAAACAAUGGCGUGUCCGAGGAGCGGGAACGAGCGUAAGUUUAUGACGGAGUCACUCGUGACGCAACCUGCAGAGACCGGUCCGUGUACCAUGCCACCUCCGUAUGAUCCGGCGUCAUUUUACGCCGUUGAAAAGAGGAAACAAAGUACAAGUACGAGAAUACUACAGUGGGAGAUGAAGUACUGGAGCAAGCAGAAUCAGACCGGCUCUUGAAUUUUUUAGCUUCAUUUCUGUUUUUGUUGUAUAGAGAAAUAAUACAUAUAUAAUCCAGUUUAUUGUUGUUACAGUGUACUACGUUUCAUUUUUGGUAAAAUGUUAAGCUGUGUACUACUACGUUACAUGUUUCGACUUUCGAGUUUAGGCUAUUUCACACGAGAUCAAAAC